AUGGGAAUCACUGGUCUUUUGCCUCUUUUAAACACAAAAAAAAUCCGAAUAUCGGAAUUUUCUGGAAAGGUUGCGGCAGUGGAUGCAUAUUGCUGGCUUCACAAAGGUGCUAGUUUGUUCGCUGAAGACGUCGUGAUAAGGAACGACAAUAAAAAGUAAGUUCAAUCAUUAAAUAUUUAUAUAUUCUCCUCGAGGUUGAGGUAGUCUCACACAUGUUUAUAUUCUUCUAUUAGAUGCAUUGAGCUCUGUGCGGCAUAUUUGGAUGUUUUAGAGGAGAAUAACGUCACUGCAGUUGUUGUUAUGGAUGGCAGAAAGUUACAAGAGAAAAUAGUAAACGAAAAUCGGGCAAGGUACGACCUCCAAGUGUUUGAGACUUGAGAGUAGUUCGUCUUGUUAUAAUUUGUAUAUCUUGUUAUAAUAAAUCUGUUCCUUUGAAAUAUAUAGAGCACGAGACGAAAACCUUCGCACUGGUUUACAAUUAUGUACGUUUUCUCAAGCAGGGGGCAAAUGUAUCGACCAAAAUGGCUCUUGCAUUGAUCAAGGUAAACUGCGAAUAUAAAAAGUCUAUGAAGAUUUCUAGUAGAGCUCCAAAUCGUUUAAAUUAUUGGAAUAUAUUUUAAGUAGCUUUUUUUAUGCAUGGGAGAAUUAAAUUAAAAAAAAAAUGUUACAUUUUUUCCAAGAAGGGACAAUAUAAAUAACCUUUCUGGUAGGGAUGUUGAUAUACUGUAAUUCACUCAUGAGUCAUGACCAGAGAGUCAUGACUGUGGCUUGUGUUUAUUAUUUCUAUUUGAAAUUAUUUGAUAUUACAGUUAUGUAGAGAAAGACAUAUCACAUAUAUUGUGGCACCUUUUGAAGCAGAUGCUCAAAUAGCCUUCCUGCAACAGAAUGGAUUUGCAGACAUAGCCAUAAGUGAAGAUUCUGAUUUACUUGUUUAUGGAUGUGAUCAGGUUUGUUUUUUUAAACCCUGCCAAGGGGCGGUUUAUAUGCAACCAGACUAGCUCGCACAGUGAGAAAGCCUAGUGAGCAUGAAAUAGUUUCAUGUGAAAAUUUAAUCUUGCUUUAAUGAGUGGGACAAUUUUAGUUGUUUUACAGUUUGUUGCAGUAGUUGGUAUGUUGACCCAAUGAGUUUCAAUGUACCCAAAUGCACCCUAUUUUAUUAUUUUACUUUGUCUAAUGCCAGGUGAUUUUACUUGUCAAUAAGAGAGUAUUACACAAUCAAACCCCAAAAUUCCUCAAUGCCUCAUUUGGAUAAUUCCAUAUGUUCAUUGAGCUAUCUUUAUAUCAGAAACCUCCAUAAAAUAGACAACUGCAGAUUUAUUUCCUCUCAAAAUCCCUAUGUAAGCAGACAGUGACUGUAUAUUUACUUGAUAUAGAAAUUAUAAUACAAGCAAGAUUUUGGAUAUAAUUAUGCACUUUGGACUAUCAAAGUGCAUAAUUAUAUGCAAAACCUUGCUUAUAUUAUAAUGAUAGUACACUGUGUGGUGUGGGUUAAUCUUAAAUUAGUGAAUUGUUUGUUAUAGGUAAUAUUCAAGUUCCGUUGUGAUGGCAGUGGUGAUCUAAUAGAUUUGGAAAGUGUGAAAAAUUUUCUGGAAUUUAAGAAGUCCAGUUAUACACUUCAAAAGUUUCAAGUCAUGUGUGUUUUGAGUGGUUGUGACUAUCUGAAGUCGUUAAAGGGGAUUGGCAUUAAAAGGGCAAAGAAAGUUGUUGAGCAAGCCGAGGACAACAAUAUUGAAUGGAUUCUUGAUCAUUUAAGUUACAUUUUAAAAAUGCCAUCACUACAUGUUCCUGGAAGCUACAAGACAGAGUUUAAAAAAGCUGUUGGAAUAUUUCAAUUUCAUCCUGUCCUAAAUCCUGUUCAGAAGAAGGUUGUCAACCUGAACCACACCUCUGAACCAUUAUUUCAAGAAUUUGUUUCCCGGUAGGCUAUUGAACUAUAACUUUGUAGUCAAAGUAAAAUGAUCAGCAAAAUAUUCAUGUAAUAAUUGUUGACCCAUUAAUGUGUAGGAUUCUUCCCUUGACGCGUAAAGUCAUCUGGUGCUCAACAGAAUGACACUUUGUAUUUUGACCAAAUAGGCUAAAUCCUUGUUUUUUUCUGUCUUUAGAAUUAGUCAUGCAGAUGCUAUUCAAAUAGCCAUUGGGAAUGUAUGUCCACAGACUCUGGAAAAGCACAAUGAUUAUGAAUUGCCUCUAGUAAGUGAAUAUAUAUAUUAUAUAUAUAAAUUUUGAUAUACCUCAAAAGGUUGCCACUACAGUCUGUUUCAUCCAAGAGGAAUCACCUGAUGAAACAGACUGUAGUGGCAACCUUUUGAGGAUAUCAAAAUAUAUAUUUGCUUCUUCUAUAUGAUAUCGAGCACUCUUCAGCAUUUCGUGUUUUGAUUUCUGUUCACUUUUUUUGUGAACUGCAACUGCACAGUGCACACUAGUUGUAUAUUUAUAUUCAGUAUUGACAUUCCUAUACAUGUGCAUGUAAUGUCACCUUUUAAUAGAUCCAACUUAUACUGAGACGUAAUGUACACUGUAUGUAAUUGACAAUUUAUGACAUUCAUACGAGUUGGUAAACUAAUUAAUUUUUAAAAACCAUGACUGUUAAUUUUUUAGGGAUCAUUUAUUAACUUAUGCCAAAGGCCUAGGGCUGUUUCUGAAACAAGUGAGUAAUAAUUUGACAUUUUUAGUGCACCUCACUCCCUCUAUAAUCUAUUCUCUAUGGUUGUUUGCACUCAACUUUAGAAUUUUACCAUGUCUAAUGCCAGACGAUUUUACUCAUCAAGGGGGGCCUUUGUAAGAUCCUUGAAUAUAGGUAAACAGGUAAGGAAUAUUCUGAAAAGAAAAGUGGGAAGUUUAGAAUUAAAAUCAGGAUUUACAUUGCCUGUGCAUUUCAACUUUAGAUAAUGAUUACGAUGAAGACACUGAUUCAGAUACUACAUUUGAUCCGACAUGUGGUGUAGAUAAUGAUUACGAUGAAGACAAUGCUUCAGAUGAAGACACUGAUUCAGAUGCUACAUUUGAUCCGACAUGCAAUACGGACAGGGCUCACAACAUGGUGCGCAGAAGCAGAGUUCCCAAAGGAAAUCUUGUGACCAUUACAGCUUUGGGGGAACAAAUUAAUUGGACAAUACCAUCGUUCCCGGUCUUGACACUUAAGUUUGUGGUUGUAGAGCUCGAAGGUGGUCACUUGGCUGUUAUUAAAAGUAGUGACAGAUCCAAGUUGAAAUCAUUCCCUACAAUUAUAGAUUGCUGGUCCACAGAAUGUCAAAUUACCAUUGGCAUAAAUACAUACACAGUCCUUUGGGAUUGGGAGUUGCACAAAGAAUCAGAAACCCAAAGAGACGGAGCCACCCAAAGAGAUGAAGAACCAGAAAAUGAUUUUCUUGAUAGCCUAUUAGGACUUAAUGAACAUGCACACAGACCUGAAGAAUCACUUAGUUCAGGGUCACCAGAAUCAGACUUUUCUGAUGACGAAGAAUCAUUAGUUUGCUCACACGAGCUGCCAUUUAAGGUUAUGGGGGUUGUUCAUAACUCAGAUAGACAGAAACACCUAGAGAAUGCCUUUGAAACAAUUUAUGGGGAACAAAAGGAAGUUUUGGCCAGAAUUCGACCAGAUCCUACCAACAAGUUCGAUGCAGAUGCUAUAGCAGUAGAACUUGACUAUGGAUCUGAUUGGAAACUUGUUGGAUUCCUGUUAAAAGACUUGACUCAGUACGUGCAUCAUGUCCUAAAUAGUCAAAGACUUUUAAGUGUUCAGAUUGGACACAUACGAUUCCAAACCCAGUGGCAAAUGCCUGGGUUUUAUGCAAAAAUACUUGUCAAGUGUAAGGGUAUGUGGCAGAAAGAAGUUAUCAGUGCAAGCAGAAGGGUAAAGUGA